AUGACUCUGUCUCACGAGACGACGGCCCGCCCCCAUAGCCCUGAGGAUGUACCUAAGCGGCCUAAAGGCAUCCUGAAAAAAUCAAGUUCCUUCAUCCACCAACAUUCAACAUCACCCGAAAAAGUCGCCAUUUCACCUCCUCCCCUAUCUGUUGAUGCGGAGGAAAACAAAGAAAUCACUCUUCAAAACACUCUACAAAACGCCGGUCGUCGUUCGUCUAGUACACGUCGCGCUUCGGCCGGGAGACGUCUUUCUGGCACAGGUUCCGCAUACGGCGACCAAGAUGAUCGCUCUACACAUCUGAAAUGGGACGAGGCAAAUUUAUAUCUCGCUGAGCAGGAAAAGACAGCGAAGAUGAAAAUCGACGAGCCCAAGACCCCCUGGGCCCCGAGCUACGACCCCGCACAAGAUGAGCGUGAGGAUAUGGAAAUAGAAGCUGAAGAUCGCACGCUCGAUGCGCAGGAUUUGGUGGUUGAUGAGCUGGACCAAGUCAACAGUGCCCGCCAAAAGAAAGCCACGGGUCCUGUGCACGACAAUGAAAUCCCGGAUCUUGAGCUGGGUGAACCUGAGGAGGAUAUCCAUGCUCAGCAAAACCUGGCUGCGGCGGCGGGUGGAAACCGAAUUACUCGCGAGCGCAGUCUUAGUCAGACCUCGAAUCGUAGUGACAAGCAUGUCGAUGUCGUCGUUGAUGAUGAGGAAAGUGGUGGUCAUGGAGAGGGGUUGAUGACGACUGAAGAAGCAAAGGAAAAGCAUCGUCAGUUUGAGGAGCAUCGGAAAAGGCAUUAUGAGAUGCGGAAUAUCAAGGAUAUCCUAGCUCAUCCUGAGGAAGCUGACGAAAUGGACGACGAUGACGACGAAGCUGAGCCACCAGCAGUGCCCAAGAUUCCCAAGAACGUGUCUUAA